AGUGCAGUUUUUGUGACAGUAGUUUCCAUCUAGACACAUGCUAGCCUGUCUUGUAUCACACAUACACAGGCAAAUCUUAUAAUGUGUUUGAUAUCAUGAAGAGGGAGAAAAUUUUCCUAUUUUCAUCUUGAUUCUUAUCCAAAAUUAUAUUGUGCGUCUGUGUGAUAUCGUUUUUAUUUCUCCAGUUUUUACUGAUUUUAAGGGAAAUAUUGAUUAAUUGAUUGAUAGAUUGAUUGAACAUCGGAGGAAGUAAACAACUUUAAAUUUCAGCUGGAAAAAUGGUUCUUGUAGAGAAUGCUUUACAUCCGGUUGAUUACGCCGUGAUCGUCGUCCAUUUCCUCAUCGUACUCGCUCUCGGGAUUUGGUCGGCAUGGAAGUCAAACCGGAGUACAACCAGUGGUUACUUCUUAGCAGGUCGAGAUAUGGCAUGGUGGUUGGUUGGUCUAUCUCUGUAUGUGAGUAACAUCGGUAGUGGAUCGUUUAUUGGUCUUGGUGGAACCGCUGCCGUGUCGGGAUAUGCCGUAGUUUCUUACGAAUUCCACGGUCUGUUUUCUCUUCUUAUAUUGGGUUUCAUCUUCACUCCGAUCUAUAUAUCAUCAGGGGUAACUACAGUGCCAGAGUAUCUUCAGAUUCGAUUUGGAGGUCAAAGGUUACGUCUUCUCCUUGCUGUUGUUUCUAUUAUCUUUAUUGUCCUCACAAACCUUUCGGCUGAAAUGUACGCUGGCACAGUGAUCAUUCAACAAUCUUUAGGAUGGAAUCUAUAUCUAUGUGUUGUAUUGAUUCUUGCAAUGACUGGUGUGUAUACUGUAGCUGGAGGCUUGACCGCUGUUAUCUACACUGAUGCUUUACAAUCGGUCAUUAUGGUCACAGGUGGAAUGAUUCUAUUUAUCAUUGCUAUCAUUCGAAUUGGCGGAUUUGAUGGCCUUCGUCUUGCCUAUAUGACAUCCAUACCCAACGAUACUCAAUUAAAUCCCAAUACAACCUGUGGAAUACCCCAAGAGACUGCCUGGCAUAUAUUCCGUCCAGCUGAUGAUAGUGAUUUACCAUGGCCUGGGGUUGUCUUUGGUAUCUUUCUUCUAUCCAUACAUUACUUCUGUACCAAUCAGGUGUUGGUCCAACGUUCAUUGUCGGCUAGGAAUUUAACACACACUAAAGCUGGAGCCAUUCUAGCAGCAUCUCUCAAGGUUUUACCAAUGAUUCUUAUGAUCUUUCCUGGGAUGAUCAGUAGAGCUAUGUGGCCAAAUGAAGUAGCAUGCCAGGAUUCGGAGAAAUGUAUGGACAUAUGUGACAACCCAAACGGAUGUUCAAACAUUGCUUAUCCUCUUCUUGUUCUCAGAUGGAUGCCUAUAGGUCUGAGAGGUUUGAUGUUGGCGGCCAUGUUAGCCGCCCUGAUGAGUUCAUUAACCUCUGUAUUUAACAGUCUUAGUACACUCUUUACUAUUGAUAUCUGGAAUAAAAUCAGACCAUACUCGACUGAGCUUGAGCUUCUCAUCGUCGGAAGGUUAUGUACUCUUGUUCUUGCUGCUGUGAGUGUAUUAUGGCUACCUCUUAUUGAAGCAUUCGGUUCUGGUGAACUAUUCGUCUAUAUUCAAUCAAUGACGUCAUACCUAUCUCCACCAAUCUUCGCCAUCUAUUCAGUUGGAAUGUUCUGGAGUCGUACAAAUGAACAGGGAGCAUUCUGGGGCCUUGUAUUUGGUGAGGUUACUGGUCUAACUCGAAUGGUCCUGGAUUACAUUUACUCUGCACCAGGAUGCGGUAACGAGGAUACUAGACCAGCGAUGAUAAAGAACUUUCAUUUCCUACACUUUGCUUGUUUUCUGUAUGGCGCCACAGUUCUAGCUGUCGUGGUUGUCAGUCUUCUUACUCCUGCUAUCGCUCCAGCCAAGUUGAUAGGUCUGACUUACUGGACGCGAUACAGCAAAGCACCGAGAGAGCCAAUGUCAGAGGAAGAAGAGUUGAAAAAUGAAAAACGUCAGAAGAUUAAAAAACAAAGAGAAAUUGAAAAUUAUAAGGGGCGUGAUGAAAACCCAUCAUUUGGUCGUCGAACAUGGAAUCUAUUGUGUGGUAUCACAGACGCUCCACCAGCUCCAGAGCUUACUGAAGAAGAGAAGCAAGAAGAGAAAAGAAAACUGACGUCAUUAGAUGAAGACCCAUUCUGGUCACGUGUUGUUAUGGUUGGGCUGAUCGUCUGUAUGGCUUUCGGUGUCUUCGUUACCGCAUACUUUGCCUAAUUCACUCAAGAAAUCAUUAAUAUUCUUAAUCUCACGAUUUUCCACACUUUGUUCAGAAUGUAAUUUCUUAUUCUCUUGCAUUGUUCGUCCUUCUGUUCCCCUCUUUAAAACAAAUAUUUUUUGUUUUGUUUCUUGUCUCUUUCAACCCAGUACCUUGUUCAAAUAUGCCACAAAAUAAGAAUCGUCAUUAUGUAAUUCUGCAACAUUUUUUUAUGCAAGCGCGAUGUCGGGCGCGAUAUUCGAUAUCAUAUCCAUAACAUGCGCUUAAAGCUUGCAGUUAAUGAUUGAUUGCGUAUUUCUAAAAUUAGAAUUCCUUUUUUUCUGUCCAAUGACACGACAAAUGUGAACAUAUUCAACUUCUUUGAAUUUUUUUACGAAUUCAAAUCCAGACUUCAUGACAAAUAAACUAUGUGUCAAAAUGGAGCUGUUUGAUAAUAAUCAAAUGUUGUCAUGGUUUCAUAUUCUAUACAUUCGGCAUAAUUCCUCGAACGCUUUUUCUGUCAAGGCUGAGUUAAUAUUUGGCUUCAUGACUGAGCUCAUGUGGGGUGUAUUAUAGCCAUGAAUUCAAAUAUUAGUAUCGCGGAGAAAAAAAAGAAGCGAAUGUUUAAAUAUUUGAACUUGUGGAUUUGCGUGAAUUUGUUGUAGUUCCUUAAAUGUUUUUUUUCUUUCUUUUUAGAUAAAUGUAAGGGCAGAUACUAAGUGAAGAGAGAAAAUGAUUAAAUGGUAAAAAUAAGAAGCAAAACCCGAUGUGGUCUGCUAUAUUUCAUAUGAAAUAAUCAUGACAAUAUAUCUCAAAGAUGGUUUAUAAAUGGUGGCAAAGAUCAGACAAUUUACACCAUAAUGUCAUCCUCUUUUCUUCUAUUGUUAUCGAUGUUUAUUGCUUUUCACAAAACAUCAACAAAUUACAUAACUGCUUUUUGCUAAGGAUAUCACACAGUAAACACGGUAAAUGGUUACAAAAUUGCGAAUUGGUUGACUUUUGGUUGAUUGUGUAUAAGAUUUUUUGCUUUAAUCAAUGCUAUUUUCAUUUUUUUGCGACAAUAAUUAUGAGAUACAUGUAUACUAAUUU